AUGAGGGACACUGCUCAAAAUAAAUUAAUUGAACUUCAACAUAAUCCUAGUUCAAUACGUAAUAUUUGUAUUAUGGCUCAUGUUGAUCAUGGUAAAACAACAUUGGCAGAUUCUUUAGUUGCCAGUAAUGGUGUCAUAUCUCAAAAGAUGGUUGGUAAAUUGAGAUAUAUGGACAGCAGACGAGAUGAACAACAACGUGGCAUAACAAUGAAAAGUUCAUCAAUAGCAUUAUAUCAUUGCAAAAAUGAAUCAGAAUAUCUUAUCAAUGUAAUUGAUUGUCCUGGACAUGUAGAUUUUUUUUCUGAAGUCUCUACUGCAUUAAGAUUAUGUGACGGAGCUAUUAUUAUUGUUGAUGUUGUAGAAGGCGUUUGUCCUCAAACUCAGGCUUGUUUAAAGCAGAUUUGGUCAGAAAAUAUUAAACCUAUUUUGGUAUUAAAUAAGAUUGAUAGGCUGAUUUUAGAGUUAAAUUUAACUCCACUUGAUGCCUAUGUUCAUUUAACUCAAGUACUUGAACAAGUAAAUGCUGUUGUGGGAGAACUUUUUAAAAAAGAUGUAUUUGAAAAAGAAGCUGAAAGUAAAGAGCAUAUUGGUGUACAGUCAGGUGAAGAUUUGUAUAAUCAGUGGAGCACUGCCAUUGAGGCCGCUGAUGAUUCUGAUUUAUAUUUUUCACCACAACAAGGAAAUGUAGUCUUUGCAUCUGCUGCUGAUGGUUGGGCAUUUAGUAUAGAAACGUUUGCAAACUUAGUAUCAAACAAACUUGGUGUUAACGUUGAUGUCUUAAAAAAGACAUUAUGGGGAGAUUUUUAUUUACAUUCAAAGACCAAAAGAAUCAUGAAAGGUGCACAAGAAAAAGCCAAGAAACCACUUUUCGUUCAAAUGAUACUUGAAAACAUUUGGCUUAUAUAUGAUGUCAUUAUUAAUCAAAAAGACAAAGAGCGUUUAGUAAAAAUUUCAGAAAGUAUGAAUGUGACACUUUUUGCCAGGGAUUUGCGUCAAACAGACACAAGAAUUUUGUUGCAAUCAUUUUUAUCUCAAUGGAUUCCUUUAUCUUUAUCAGUUUUAGGAAUGGUAUGUGAUAAAUGUCCAGCACCAAAUCAACUUACUGAUGUCAAAAUUGAAACUUUACUCUGUCCUCCAAUGAAAGAAUUUAAUCUUAUGCCUAAAGAAACCAUAGCACUAAAAACUGAUUUUUUAAAAUGUUGUCCUGAUGAUGCUUCCGUCCCAGUUAUAGCUUUUGUUUCUAAAAUGUUUCCGAUUAAAAGAAAAUAUUUACCUCAAAAUAAACCAAAAGUAUUAACUGCUGAAGAAAUAGCUAAAAGACGAGAGUUGGCAAGAAUUAAGCAUGCUUUAAAAAGUAGUGUAAUUAAAACAGAAGAUUCAGAAACAAACAAUUGUGCUACAGUUAAUGAUGAAGAAAAGAAUUCAGAAGUUACAGAACCUACACAAAAUGAGAAUGAUGUAAUGUUUAUUGCAUUUGGAAGAAUGUAUAGUGGAACAAUUCGUCGUGGUCAAGAAAUGUAUGUUUUAGGACCUAAACAUGAUCCAUCAAAAAUAACAGAUAAAGAUUUUUAUGUUGAUGAAAAAUGCACUUUGACUACCUUAAAAUCUGAUCAGCAUAUCAUGAAAACUACCAUAACUGAUUUGUACAUGUUAAUGGGUAGGGAUUUAGAACCAGUAGACGAAGUUCCCGCUGGCAAUAUAUUCGGUGCUGGUAAUUUAGAACAAUAUAUCUUGAAGAGUGCUACUUUAUCUACUACUCUAGCUUGUCCACCAUUUACAGAAAUUAAAGCUAUGGCCACACCAAUCAUGAGGGUAGCUUUGGAACCAAAACAUCCAAUGGAUUUGCCUGACCUUGUCAGGGGUCUUAAACUACUUAAUCAAGCGGAUGCAUGUGUUCAGGUUAUAAUGCAAGAAACAGGCGAGCAUGUAAUUGUUACUGCAGGAGAAGUACAUCUUCAAAAAUGUUUAGACGACCUUCGUGAAAGAUAUGCUAAAAUCGAAGUUAUUGCUUCAGCUCCAAUCGUACCUUUUCGAGAGACUGUUGUUGUGCCGCCUAAAGUGGAUAUGGCUCAUGAAAUUGUUGAAAAUCAAAAAAAUGAGACUGAAGAAAAUCCAAAUGGUCUAUUGAAUGUUUAUACAUCAAAUCAUCUGUGUUGUAUUAAGAUACGAGCUGAACCGUUGCCUAUAGCUGCUACAAAUCUUCUAGAAAAGUCAACAGAUAUUUUAAAAGCUUUAUCAGAACAAAAAACUGAAAAUAUUGCUGAUGCAUUAGAGCGUUUGAAAAUUGAGGAUAGUGCUUCUAAAAAUAUUAAAAUCGCUAUCGAUACAUUUCGAUCUCAAUUACAAGAAGCGCUCGGAAACAAUAUUGACGUGUCUCAAAUUUGGGCAUUUGGACCUAGAAAAUGUGGUCCAAAUAUCUUAUUAAAUAGAAUACCAAAUUACACAAGAUCAGUAUGGAAUCCAAAAGACAAUGUGAAUGAUUUGACAAAGUAUGAAAAUAGUUUUAUGAAUGGUUUUCAAAUAGCAACUUUGGCCGGUCCUUUAUGUGAAGAACCAAUGAUGGGGGUGUGUUUUGUAGUCGAAGAUUGGACAGUUGAUGUUUCACAACAGAUCUCAUGUGAUCCUUAUGGACCUAUGUCUGGGCAAAUCAUGUCAGCUGUAAAAGAAGGAUGUCGGAAAGCUUUUCAAGCUCAACCACAAAGACUUAUGGCUGCUAUGUACUCAUGUUCUAUUCAAGCUAACGCCGAAAUUCUAGGUAAAAUGUAUGCUGUUUUGGGAAGACGUCAUGGUCGAGUCAUUAGUUCAGAUAUGGCACAUGGUUCUGCAUCCACUUUCAAUAUAAAUGCUUUGUUACCAGUUAUAGAAAGCUUUUCAUUUUCUGCGGAAAUUCGUAAACAAACAUCUGGUUUAGCUAGUCCACAACUAGUUUUUAGUCAUUGGGAGGUAAUUGAUAUCGAUCCAUUUUGGGUACCAAAUACCGAAGAAGAAUUGGAGCUGUUUGGUGAAAAAGCUGAUUCUGGUAAUCGAGCUUUAAAUUAUAUGAAUGCCGUCCGUAAACGUAAAGGUUUGUCAGUCGAAGAGAAAAUUGUUGAAUUUGGUGAAAAACAACGUACUUUAUCGAAAAAUAAAUAAAAAAUACAAUUUAUUAAAACUAUGUUUUUAACAGAAUAAAUG